CUAUUAUGCUAUUAUUUACGGUUUAUUAUUUAAUCUGUUAGGUCUAAUGGAAUUGAUUUACAGCGUUGAAGUGUCGUCGGCCAAAUUAUUUUUCCUCUUAUGUCUAUCAGUAUGCAACCCCUAUGUGAAACGCUCAGUUGCUGAGAAUUUUGAGGCACUUAGAAUCUUGGUGCUGACAGAGACGUCCCGUCACACAUUUCACACAGUAGGCUAUUAUGGCGUCAGUGCUACCUUAUCAAUUUGAGCCAGAAUCCGACCCCGAAAGCGACAAUGGAGCUGAUGAACUCAUUGACGAGGACGAUGCUGGUCGUCGAUUGGGCCAGGACGUUUCACUGUGGUGCACCUGUGGGAAUUGUACCACUAUGCCCACUGAAGCGGAGAACAUCUGCUGCAGGGAAAUCGCAAAGGUGCUAAGACGAAUGGGCCAAGUGCCAGUACCAAUAAUCUGCAUGACAGAGCAUCCAGGCCUAGAGCCUGUAUGUCUGAACCCAUACAGUCUGCAAAAUGUCUACAACAUUUAUAAAUAUGAUUUUGGACCUGUUAGACACAGAACAGAGGAAGAGGGUUUCAGGCAUCUUGCCUACCGCAGCUUUGUAAGCUGGUGUUGGGGUUAUUUAGGACGUAGUCGUCGGGUUGUCAUCCCAUCAUGUGUGGUGCAGCGGAUACGGCAGCAGUUCCAGUCUGGUGACUACACAGGCUUCAGACCACCUAUUGACUGA